AUGCCCAUCAGGCAGCCAGGCUGUGACCAGGGCGACUGGCUGAGCCGGCGCUGUUCCCGCCACAAGCAGGGGACCUCGGAGCGGGGCCCGAGCCCGGGGCCGCCGGAGGAGGGCGCGCAGGCCCUGGAACAGUUCGCGGCGCUGCACGGCCCGGCGCUGCGCGCGUCGGGAGUCCCCGAGCUGUAUUGGGGUCGCCUCCUGCACAAGCUGGAGCACGAGGUUUUCGACGCCGGGGAGAUGUUUGGGAUAAUGCAGGUGGAAGAGGAUGGGAGUGAGGACGAGGAGAUGCGGGAAGUGCGAAGGAAGGGACCCAACCCCGGCAUCGAUCUCUCCUACAAGGUCAUUGUGACCAGUGAGGUCGGCUUGCAGGCGGCCGACCCCAACAGCAUCUUCCUCAUCGACCACGCUUGGACGUACCGCGUGGAGCAUGCCCGCCGGCAGCUGCAGCAGACGCCUGGGCUGCUGCACCGAAUGGCUAACCUCAUGGGCAUUGAGUUCCACGGUGAGGUGCCCAGCGCUGAGGCCGUGGCCCUGGUCCUGGAGGAGAUGUGGAAGUUCAACCAGACUUACCAGCUGGCCCACGGGUCGGCGGAGGAGAAGGUGCCGGUGUGGUACGUCAUGGACGAGUUUGGCUCACGCAUCCAGCACGCAGACGUGCCCAGCGUCGCCACGGCCCCCUUCUUCUACAUGCCUCAGCAGGUGGCCUACACGCUGCUGUGGCCCCUGAGGGACCUGGACACUGGCGAGGAGGUGACCCGGGACUUCGCCUACGGAGAGACAGACCCCCUGAUCCGGAAGUGCAUGCUGCUGCCCUGGGCACCCACCGACAUGCUGGACGUCAGCUCUUCCACCCCUGAGCCACCUGAUGCACACUACCAGGCCAUCUUGGAGGAGAACAAGGAGAAGCUGCCGAUUGCCAUCAGCCCAGCAGCGUAUCCCCACGAGCACAUCUUCAAGGUCUGCACCGACGUCCACCAAGUGCUCAGCCACCUGACGCACCCACGCUUCACCUUCACCCCAAGAGAGGCGGAUGCUGACAUCCUCUACAACUUCUCCCACUUCAAGGACUACCGGAGGCUCAGCCAGGAGCGCCCAAACGUGCUGCUGAACCAGUUCCCCUGCGAGAACCUGCUGACGGUCAAAGACUGCCUGGCUUCCAUCGCCCGCCGGGCGGGGGGCCCCGAGGGCCCCCCCUGGCUGCCUCGCACCUUCAACCUGCGCACUGAGCUGCCCCAGUUCGUCAGCUGCUUCCAGCAGCGGGAGAGGCGGGGCGAGGACAACCACUGGAUCUGUAAACCCUGGAACCUGGCCCGCAGCCUGGACACCCACAUCACCAGGGACCUCAGCAGCAUCAUCCGGCACCGUGAGAGCGCCCCCAAGGUUGUGUCGAAGUACAUUGAGAGCCCCGUCCUGUUCCAUCGUGAGGACGUGGGGAUGGUCAAGUUCGACAUCCGCUAUGUUGUGCUGUUACGGUCGGUGACGCCCCUGCGGCUGUUUGCCUACGACGUGUUCUGGCUGCGCUUCUCCAACCGGCCCUUUGCGCUCAACGACCUGGACGACUACGAGAAGCAUUUCACCGUCAUGAACUACCAUGCCGACGUGGCGCUGCAGCAGGUGCAUUAUGACGAGUUCAUCCCGGCGUUUGAGAAGCAGUACCCCGAGUUUCCUUGGAAGGAUGUCCAGGCCGAGAUCUUCCGGGCCAUCACAGAGCUGUUCCAGGCAGCCUGCGCCAAGCCUGCACCCCUGGGCCUCUGUGCCUACCCUUCGUCCCGGGCCGUGUACGCCGUCGACCUGAUGCUGAAGUGGGAUGACCGCCCGGAUGGGAAGCAGGUCAUGCAGCCCCAGAUCCUGGAGGUGAACUUCAACCCGGACUGUGAGCGUGCCUGCAGGUACCACCCGACUUUCUUCAACGACGUCUUCAGCACCUUGUUUUUGGACCAGCCCAGCAACUGCCACGUGAUACCUCUCCUCUAGGCGCUCGCGGGCAGAUCCGAGCCCAUCUGAGUGGCUUCUGCAAGGGCCCCCUCCCUGCCUGCCCACCUGCCUCCCGCCUGAGCUGGCCCCAGCCUAGUCCCCUGGGAGCGCAGGGCUCUGCUCCCCAUGGGUCAGAGGUAGGAAGGGCCAGUGUCUCCAGGGCCAAGCGCCGCCCAGGCCUGUUCCCCCUCCCACCAUCCUGCAGCAAUUCACCUCCAGCUCAGCCAACAGUUUGCAGGCGUCUGAGAGUUUGGUUACCUUCCAGAGGUUUCUGGAGGUGUUAGCGAAAGGGGGCUUGGUGGAGCAUGAGGUGGCCUUCCCAAGCAGCGAGGCUCGGUGGGAGAGUGGAAACCACCAGGGAGAUACAGCUGGGCAGGCUUCCUCCCCACCAGGCGUCUGCUUUUGUGCUCGGGGACCCCAGAGACCCCGGGGAAACGCUGCUUGCCAAACCACCCCAAGCCCUGCCUUACCAUCCGCGCCCAGCUCAGCCAGACGCUCCACCAGCAGGCCUGUCCAGGGUGGGAGACGCUGUCCUUGUCUCCUUUCCCUUCGGUGAGGGUGGGCCCGUCCCUGGGUCACAGACACACAGUGAAGUCUACCCACUUGGGUCCCUGUUGUCCCCAAGGCCUCCCUGUUCUGGGUACCUGGUGCCUUCCGCUCCGCUGAGAUGCUCUGUCGAGGGUGGCUCAGGACACGUGGGCGGCUGAGAAGCACCAGUGCCCACAGGAGACAGUCGGACACCAUCUCCUACUAGGCUCUAGGGUCAGAAUGUUGGAUUUUUGUUAUUUUAAUUUAUGGGAGGAAAAUGUAAAAAUUUCUAGUUCCUUUCUUAAUGUUUUCCUGCAAUUCAGAGCCAGAUGCCGACGUUGUUUUGGUAGCAGCGGUGCCCCUGGGCCCAGCUAGUUCACAGGUCUCAGAAGCUGGUGGGGGGUCUGGCUCCUGGUACCUGGGCUUCCGCAGGGCAUUCCCAUGUGCAGGCAGUGGGGGUCAGGGGUGGUGGUCUCUUUCAUUUUGAAGCCGUAAAGCAGUCCUCCUUGUAGCAAAACUGGAAUGAAUCCAUCUCUAUCGGCUGUGUCUGCGCAUCCUCUUGGUUAGCGAGGGCCUGCCCUUUGCAAGGGGACCGUCCUUCAGCCAAAUGCCGCUGCCAGCGCCUCUUCCUUGGGGCUCUCGUUGAAUGCCCCAAAGACCAGGACACUCCAUCUCUGGUUUUCUCCUGGGACAGCUGUGACAUGCUAGCCCUGUCAACUUUAUACUACAAUAAAAGAUGCCUUCUUGUACAGGUGCCUCAGUUGAUCUCUGGGGGCCCUGAGUCUAGACGCGGGCUUUGAGAAAGAGGGGAAAUGAGACAAUGUUAGAGCCCAAGUCCCCCAACACAGUGUGGCUUCUUAGCACCAGGUCCAUCUCAGAGGGGGCAGUAGCGGAGGCGUGGGGGCUGAGGCAGACCACGUGCGGCCCCCAGUGCCCUGGGGGCCCUGGGGCCGCAGACAGCUGAGUGGAAAUCUGGUGGCCUUGGUAGAGGGAUUCUGUCUGCACUUGAUCUCCCUGGAGAGACGUGGGGCUGGUAAGAGAACCAGCUCCUGCCCGUGCCCUUUGGGGCUGGUAGGUGGGUCCAGUGGGCUGGUGCUGACAAGUGUCAUCCAGGAGGAAGGGAAAUAGUGACCCCACUUGGUGUGGAGAUGAAUAAAUGAGGAGAGAGCCCCCCACGUGGCUGUUGGG